AGCUAUAGUAUUUCUGUUGCAGACGAUAGGAUAAACAACUUAUUUAUUUACUGGAUGCCGAGACAAUAUGUCUGAGCAAACUAUAUUCAGUGUAAAACUGACCACAAUUUUUAUUAUUUUAGUUUUCCCAUUUUGUGCUCUCAGUCAAUCACAAGUUGCUUCCCGAGAAGAUGUUAAUAGAUUUAGACCAAUGUUCGAUGGCGCAGAGGUCGCAGACAUAAUCGACUAUAAGUUUGACCAAGAGGAUCAAUGUGAAUAUGAGGAAAAAGAUAUAAAACGGGAUUUUAAUGCCCCCAAUCGUCGCGUCAGUGAAGUCAAAUGCCUUGAAUAUGUCUGGGAAUCUUUACAGUCCGAACUUAUAAUAGAACGAAAUGAACUUUGCAUUGAAGAGAUCAUUGCCGGAGGCCGACCAGCUUUUUAUGGAGAAUUUCCUCACAUGGGUGCGUUAGGGUGGAGAUCAGCCAACAAUAGCAGUGAAUGGAUUUAUAAAUGCGGGGCUACCCUUAUCAGUGAGAAAUUCAUGGUGACAUCUGCCCACUGCUUGUACGCCCCGCGGAGUGAUUUGUCAAUUGCGAGCCGCACACCCGAGAUCGUGAAAAUUGGUGACAAAUUUCUCAUCAAUACACAUCCAUGGGAAGACGAAGAAUAUCGCUAUACGGACUUUAACAAAUUAAUUGUAGACAUAAAAAAAUUUAGUGGAUACAUUAUCACCAAAGAAAAAGGACCAAAACACGUACCGAUUUCGAGAAUUAUAAAACACAAUCUGUACAAAGCUCCAAAGCGUUACUAUGAUAUUGCUAUCAUUGAAUUAGCAGAGUAUGUCAGCAUCGGUCCGCUGAUACGUCCAGCAUGUCUCUGGAGCAGUUCUGAUACAAGCCCUUUAAAUAAACUUAGUAUAACUGGUUGGGGCGUAAUUGAUCCUGUAUCCCGACAAACAUCAACGGAACUACAAGUUGCAGAAGUAGAUCUUAUUGAUGAUAAAACAUGCGAUGAAAUUUUAAAACCUAAACGUAACAGACUCUGGAUGGGUCUUGCUGAUCAUCAGAUAUGCGCAGGACACCUUCCUGGUGGUAUCGAUACUUGCCAGGGUGACUCAGGUGGUCCAUUGCAAGCCAAAAUUAAUCUCACGCAAAAAUGGCCCAUAUACUACUUAGUUGGAGUGACGUCUUUUGGCGUCGGCUGUGCACGUGCCAAUACACCGAGUGUGUAUGUCAGGAUUUCGAAUUUAAUCGACUGGAUUGAGAGUAUAGUCUGGCCAAAUGCUCAAUAAAAUUAUUUGAUGAAAACCAUUUCAAGAUAAAUAAA